UAACCACCCCUUAUUACGUCACGAUUCUCGGUCGGAUGCAACAUCCUGGUCCGUGCACCCCAGUGGGCAUGUGAUCAAGAAUCCGGUUCGUAUACUCCAGAUACUCCAGAAACUCCUACAGUGGGAUUCAUCACAGGGACAGGAAUUAGCCUAGCUGUUCUACACGGCUGUGCGGAGAUGACGGGUCCCAAAUGGACACCUGCAGUUGUCCUGCUUAUUUCUCUCUGGAAGGUUGUGGUUUGUUUGCCGCCUACAUUUGAUCCGAUAAAUACAAUACAAAUACCUGAGGACACAGCAGCAGGUUCUGCUAUCGGAGUUCUGACUGUGAGAGAUACAACCCCUUCCCACAUCACGUUGACACUGUCACCGACAACACAACAAAACGUGUAUCUAAACCAGCAUAUUAGCAUCAAUGGCUUUUACAACGCCAGUAUAGUUCUACAGAGAAAGCUGGACUAUGAAACAGACGGCAGCUCCCUGAGACUGGUCUUUACGGCAACUAAUCCAUCAACUCCGGACGGAGUCCGUCAAGAUGUGACUGUCAUCAUCACUGACGUCAAUGAUAAUCCACCACAGUUCCUGGGGCUGCCCUACUCUGUCUCCGUCCCAGAGAAUCACAUCGUCAACACUGUCAUCUUAACCGCCAAUAGCACAGACCCUGAUACAGGGAUAGGGGGCUUAGUCAACUACACCAUGAAGACAUCAAGUGCGGAUGUCAGAAGCAAGUUCCAGGUGACCAGGACUGGUAACGUGACACUGAUUGGAGCCCUGGACUAUGAGACCAUCAGUUUCUAUCAGUUCACAAUUGUUGCUACAGACGGAGGAGGUCUGACCAGCGAGGCCCAGCUGUUUGUGACUGUAACAGAUGUCCAGGACACACCACCAUACUUUACUGGAAGGCCUUACCUACCUGAUAUCUGGGAGGACCAUGCUGUGAACAGCAACGUCGUGACGAUCUCGGCUCAGGAUGGAGACAGAGGCAACCCCAACAACAUCACCUACAGGAUCACAGGCGGCACAUGUCCAGGAUAUUUCAACAUCGACCCAACAAAAGGAACAAUUGACCUAAUCCAUGAUGCUGAGAGAGACAUCGGGACAGUCCUCCAGAACAAUGGGAUAUGUGUUAUCGAUGUCCAGGCUGUAGAGGUGACGUCUCCGAGCACAUCCGGUGCUACCGCCAGCGACACGGUGACCGUGACCAUAAAGGACAAGAACGAUAACUCUCCCAGGUUCAGCUGCUCCUACUACGAGGCUACCAUCCAGGAAAACAUGCCGACGGGGAUACCCAUCACCUUCACGACUCAAACAAUACAUGUAGAGGACAAGGACCAGGGGGACAACGCCAAACUAUCACUGACAUUGGAUUAUUAUUCAACGAGGUAUUUUGAGAUUGUCCCGUCCACUGUCCAAGGAUCAGCAAAUCUACAGAUCAGAGUGAAGGAUAACACCAUCCUCGAUUAUGAACAGAGGCAAAGUAUUUCACUGACGGCUUGGGCCAACGAAACGUCCACACCAGAGAGAAAUACUGCAUCUACCACCAUUCGACUUUAUAUAACAAAUCAGAACGACAACAGUCCCAACUUUACCAAGUCUGAUUACAUCGCCUCUGCCCAGGAGGGUAGUGGGGUCUCCACAUCUGUCAUCACCGUCACGGCUGAAGACCACGAUCUGCCCCCCUUCAGAAAUGUCACUUAUGCACUUCGAGAUGCCGACGGAAUGUUCUCCAUCAAUUCCUCUGGUGUGGUGACUGUGGCCUCUGAUCAGUUGGACAGAGAGACCAAGUCUGUGUAUUAUAUCUUCGUGGAGGCCACAGACCCUGGUGGGUGGAAGGACACCGCUCUGCUCACUGUCAACAUCACAGACGCCAACGACAAUCCACCGGUAUUCAGAAGAGAUUAUGACGGAUACUUGAAAGAAAACGAACACAGCUUUAGUAGGCCCAUAUCUGUGUCGGCCACAGACGCUGAUGUAGGGGUCAAUGGUCUAGUGAGGUACAGCAUCAGCCGGACCUUCCCUCGUGGUCUGGACUCCCACUUUGCUGUGGACGGCGUCAUCGGUGUUCUCUCUGUAGUCACUCCUAUAGUAAACAGUAGCAGUACCCACGUUGCUGUAUCGGUGAGGGCCUCGGACUCUGGCACACCGCCACUCUACUCAGAUGUUAAUGUUACAAUUAGUCUCCUGACACCAGGAAACACAUGCAGAGAAACAGCCUAUCCAUCCCGAACCCCCAUCCUCCACUGUGAGGAAGAGGCCUCAUCCGGGAGUUUGUUCAGGUGGUGCAGCAGGUGCGAGCAGGGAUUCUACAGGAAAGAUGCUGCUUGUGAGGUAUGCCCUCGACCCCAUGCUGGAUGCCGGGAUGUGCUCUGCUCCUCCCCCAACAACGUCCGCUGUACCAGCUGUCAUCCGGGCUUCUACCUCACAGGGAGCACCUGUUUAGAGUGCCCUCAAUCAGGACCUGAUUGCCAACAAUUCGAAUGUACAGAUCCUCAUCAGGUGACCUGCACCAAAUGUAAUGAAGGGUUCUUCUUCUUUAAAAACCAGUGUACAGCGUGUCCGUCCACGAUCCUGAUCCCUGACUGUGUGGACGUCGUCAGAGACGGCUGCUUCAAACACUGGUGCAGGAAGUGUGCUCCUGGCUUCUUCAUCAGCGGAACAGCCUGUGAUGUCUGUCCUGUCCCUGAUGUGGGCUGUCAGGUAGCAGAGUGUAACUCCUCGUCCUCAGAUUCACAUUGUGUCAGAUGUUUCCAUGGUUACCAACUGCAAGGAGGAUCAUGCCAUCAUGUCUCUGGAGUAGGAUCAACCCCUACCAGUCAGUGUGUGGAUCGUCUUCCUAAAGCCGACUGUGCCUCGCUACAGUCAUCGCUCAACGUCUGCUCAGAACCGACUACGGCCUGUAACUACUGCCCUCAGUAUUGCAAAAUGUGUGACACGUGCCCCCACAGCAUGCCUGUCGUUGGAUAAUGAUAUCUCAAACAAGAUAUAACGUUUUGGUUUAAUAUUGCAACGAAUACGUGUGACAUGAAGUAGUAAAGACAAAGUAAAUAAACAUGUUUUCUUCCUUUAA